UAAGACGCGCGCCGGUUUUCCGCAGCUUCCGCAGGAAGACGAGGCGGCCCGGCCGGGCGCAUUGCAAUGCAGAGCGCCCAGUUGCUGGCCCCUUCGCCGCGGAAGCCCCCGGGCACGCAGUAGUUUGGUGCAGCAAGUGGCGCGACCUUGAAGUGGCGCAACCGGAGGGGCCCCGGGGGUUUGGCGCGGAAGCCACCCCGCGGGGCUUUUGGGUGUCGCCACGUCCGCGGCGACGCCCGCCGGGCCCUUGGCGAGAUGAUGUGGGAGGGCAACACGAAAGCCCGACGGAUGACAACGAAAAACACGGCCGGCGACGCCGCCGGCGGGUCCGCCCCCCAAAAAAGCGCCCGAGGCAAAAGGCUACGCCGCCAAAGUGGUAGCCUAGCAGCCGCCCCGUCUCCGCACCUGGCCGCCCCGGCCGCCCGCAGCAGGCGCAGCAAGGGGCGAAGCGAGCCAAUGGCGCCGAGGCCUCCGCCGCCCCGGUCUAGGGCAUUGCGGC